AUGAGAAGCUGCUCUGAUGAACCAGCUUCUGUAUUAGUGGACUCUUACAUUAACUUCGAUCAUAAUCACAUAAUCAACCAGCAAGUGCCCUGCUUCUCCAAUUUGUCACAGAACCAAAUCGGUUUGGUCUCCAAGAAUCCCAAUCCGUUGUCUAUUAAUCCUUCCUCUGAUCAGAUGGUUCUCAAAGCUUUGCUGAGUCAGCUCACUAAGAGUACUAAAGAAUCAUAUAGCUAUGGAGAAGGAAGCUCAGAGAGCCAAUUGACUGACGUUGGCAUACCAAGCCACGAUGCUUGGAAAUAUUGA